AUUUUUUUUAAAGAAAUGUAAAGUAGAAUGGCGAAGAGACUACAAAAGGAUUUAGAGUAGAUGCAAAAAUCUUAUGUGGAUUAAUUUAAUGUUAGAAUGCCAAAUAAUGAUAUAAAACAUUGGAUUGUGUCUUUUGAAGGUGCAAAAGGAACAUUAUAUUAAGGAGAGAAAUUCGAGUAAUAUAAUUUAAAUAAUUUUAGAUUACAAUUCAAGUUUUCAAAUGAAUAUGUAGAAAUACUUAUACUUAUUUAGCUCUUUUUUUUCUUUGAAAUUAGCCAAUCGAAUCUCCUGAAGUAAUAUAAUUAUGAAUAAUUAGGUAAUCUUUAUUGGCAAACCUCCUGAACAUGAACAUAUAUAUUCAAAUGGAUUUAUUUGUUUAUCAAUCUUAUUUGAUGGUAUUUUAGAUAAAUAAUUAUUUAUAGAAUGGUCUGCUGCUCUCACUGUGAGUU